AUGAAGCAGAUUGAAGACAAAGAAAAAUCCAGAUCUCUUGCCGUCAUUCAUGACGAUGAAGGUUUUGACUGGAGUGAGCUGUUACCUGAGGAAGACGCAGUAGGUUAUGCGUUUGUUGCAAAAGAAGAAGUCAAACCGUUCAGAGACACCAGAACAGAAGCAGAUAAAGCAAAUGAUAGACGACAGAGAGCUGAAUGGAAAAUGAUGAGACUUUCUCGUGUACACACUGGAGCAAAAAGAGCAAAAAGAUGGAAUGCAGAUAGAGAAUGUUACCUUGAUCCUGAAGGAAACAUUGCUAUUGAUCCAAAGACUCUUAGUCUUGAAGCUAUGACGGCGGAAUUUGCUGAACUUGAAGAGUCUCAACAGAGAAAAUGGUGGGGAGGUGGUGAAGAGAAAGAGAAAGAGAAAGAGAAAGAAAAAGAGCAGGAGCAAAAGCUAAAGAAGAUAGAUGAAGGGAUCAUUGAUACUUCACUGGAGUUGAACGCUGAAAACUUUGGAAAGAUGGCUGACAAGGUCAGUUCAAAUGCGUCAUCAAGUGAGACAGGUAAAAAGGUCAAAGGUGACAGUGACUGCAAACAUUGCAUGAAAAACUGCAAAGUUUGUAGUACACAAGAUUACCUCAAAGAUACGAAGGUGAAUGAUCUGAUAAAAAGAGUCAGAAAGGUUGAAGAUCAGAUUCUUGAUCGUGACAAAAUGCUCAAAUUUUCAAAUGAUCAAGUUAAAAAGUUGACUGAGAAAAUUGACAAUGAUAAAAUUGAAGUAGAAAGAAUUAGGAAGGAAAAUGAGAAACUAAUUCAUGAAACUCAUCAACUCUCAGAAAAUUUUAACAAGCUAAAACAAACAAUUCAAGAUUCUGAUGAACGAAACGGUAAAACAAGAAAAGAAAAUGAGCAUUCAACUGUGAUUCUUAGACACAUAGAAGAACAAAUCAACAAGCAAUUGGAUGAGAUUGCUAAGUUGAAGCUUCAAUUUGAAGAAGCUAAGAUUGAAAAUGAGCAUAUUCCCGCUUCUACCACUUCUAUUUCUUCUUCCUCUAUUUCUACUUCAUCAUUCUCUAUUCCUUUUCUUCCUUUGUUUGUUCCUCUUUCUCCUCCUACUUCUAUUCCUCUUGCUUCCUCUUCUUCUACUUCUAUGUUUUCUCAUCCUUCUUUGUCUCCUCCUCCUCCACCACCCCCAUCCUGUUCCAACUCACCCGAUGGUUACUCGUUCUCGUGA